CGGUCUUUCUGUAGCAAGAAGAAGAGGAAAAAAACAGCAGUCUAAGAGGGAAACGAAGAGGUCGAGCUCCCGGUGAAGGCACGCAAAUGCGAUCCGGGCUCCGAGGAAGGACGUUUGACAUCCGCGCGCGUUAGUGGACACUCGUGAGAUGGACAUGCGUUUAAUUUCGGCUGGAGAUAGGUGGAAUCACCUCGGCGGCGUGUGAAAGAGGGAGCGAGCGAGCGAGCGAGCGAGAGCGAAGGGAGCGGGAGGGGAGGGAAGGGGGGCGGGGGUGUAUGGACCUCACUGGCUGCGGGACCCUACAGGCGCCCCGAUUGUGUUCCGCUCGCAUCAUUUUCGGAGGCGAGGACAAAAGGGAAAAGGGGGAAAUCGGAAGAAAGGCCCGGGAUCCGAGUGUCGUGACGGGCUGCCCUCCCUCCCUCCCCCCACCCAGCCAGCCAGCCAGCCAGCCAGCCCGACUUCGCCGCCGCUGGUUCGGGGCUGUCUGGACUCAAAGAGGGUGAGGGGAACCGCGGCGGAGCGCUCGACUCGAGGCGGGGGUUUCCUGUCACAAAACAGCCUUUCACUCCUCCGAGGGGCCUUGCGCUGCUGCGUUUUCAGAUUUGCAAAGGCUUCUAGUGAGCAGCUCCUGGAAAAUGAACUUCUCUGCAUGGAAAUACUGAAGAGAAAGCAGGUGCUUGAAUUGACCGAGCUUGAGGUGGAAUAAAUGGAUUACCCUCCCUUUGGAAAAUUGUUGCCAUGGAACUAGGUAGAGUUAAGUGAUGGUUGGCAUAAUGUAACAAAGGUAAGACCGCUACAUGCUGAAGAUACUGGCGAGCACCACGAAGAAUCUGAACACAGUCAAGGAAAGAACGCUUACUAAAUAGGGACCAAAGACUUCUACAGUCCGAAUGAGUUCACGCAGUAGCAAAAGAAAUCUAAAAGCAGUAUUUGAAAGGGAAUUCGCAAAGAAAAAGAACAUCUCAAAACGUAUUACACUUUGCAUCCAAGACCUGAAGAGCAUAUCAAUGGGGUGUUUGCCUCUGGGAGAGUUCAAUGAACGUCUGUAUUCAGACCUCUUGAUUCAAGUUACAGCCAUUUUGGUCUCACACAGGUGUGAGUCAGGUCCUGGCAAACGUAUUGAAGGGCUGAAAGACUGUUGUGACGGAACGCAUUCUCAAUGGUUUUAUUGAGAGAUUUUUUUUCUUUUGUUUAUUUGCACAAGAUGCUAUUGGACCACACUUUAAUCAUCACAUAGCUCUGUUUGCUUGAGCUAUUAUUCCAGCAGAGGGUAUACAUGUAAAGACAUUUGAGGUCGAGCAUCUCACAUGCUGGUGUGUCAGACGUGAUAUCAUCGCCUGCUCUGUGCCAAACUGCUUCAUGGGAAUGGCUGCACAUUUUUAAUCUUGUUUUUCUGCAGUAGUAACGGCUUCGCUAUAUAUUUUCUUUUCUUUGAAAGUUCCGUUUUUUAAGACCUAUCUGUAAAGUGAACCUUUUUUCUUUUUUCAAUGAAAAUAACCAUACUAUUAUAAUGUUGAAGAACUAAGACUUCACCCAGAAAGUGAUCACCUGCGUUAGAUAUUCCUCAGCCUAAACCAUUUGUUUUUUUAAGGCAUUUCCUUGUUUUACUGCCAGGCCGUAGACUCGUGUCAUCAUUCAUGGUUACUGCUCUAAGCCUUCCUGUUCCUGAUCAGAAGCAUUCCCUGGUAUAGACACCGACGGUUAUUUCUGUUUCUUAAUCCAAUCUUGGAAAAACAAUGCAGAAUUUUUCUAACAGUCCGAUUCCCAAUUUGCUUCCCCCGGGAUUCAGUGGGAGGGGUGGAGGGGGAACUCCGUAUCCCCCUCAGCCAGCAGAGCCCCAGAUUUCGCCAAGGAUGACCGAUGAUUACGCAGGGAUGCAACAGCAGAGUCUGCACAGAGGCCAUCACCACCCCAGUCAAGUCAGCCACAUGCUUGCGUACAGUGCUCGAAACAGAGGUGCUGUGGAGGCAUCACCAACACAGAGUAACAUUCACAGCGGCAACACUAGCAACCCCUACAGGAAGGACGCCAUGGAUUACUAUUUUUCCAUGGCAGGAAAGGAAAGACACAGGAGGGGAGGCAUGGCAUAUGGGGCAGGGUUUGGGUACCCUAAUAUUGAUGGACAUAUACCUCACCAGUAUCGACAUGCUGGAUCUGGCUCUGCACCAGCAUCCGGCCUGAUGUCACCAUAUCCAGUAGACUAUGGCUCAAGUGCUGGUUCUGGUGGAGGUGCUGGUGUUGGAGGGUUCUCUCCUUCACAUCAGUACAAUAUGAGUCAGAAUGCUGCAAUGCAGUCAGUGCCAGGUUCUCAGAUGCAACACCGCCAACUUGGACAAGCCUUCCCAGCUGUCCACCAUGGACAGCAGCAUAGGAGCUAUCCGCACUCUGGGCACAGAAUGACCCCUCAGUACUCUCACUACUCCCCACAGGGUGGAGCAUCCACGGGGUCAUCAGGAAUGUACAGCCCUCCUCCACAGAGAUACCUUGACGGGGCUGCUGGUGCGGGGUUCGAUCCCAAAGUCAACAAUUCCCCCAGUGUCAACUCUAGUUCAAACUCAGUCUCCAGUUCAGUUGCUGCUAACAAUGUGGGGCCAAUGGAGAAUGUUCAGCAGAGUUACCAUGCUUCUAAUUACCCUGGCUAUUCCCCACAGACACUUUCGCUUCACAAGCAAGCCACACUACAGCACCGCAACUCGCAGCACAAUUUGGGGGUAGGCUACGACAACUCUCUCAAGAUGCAGCACCAGAGCCCGUCUCCAGGCUCUGUCUAUGCUAAACAUCAUCAAGCAUCCAAUCCCAGUAUACCUCAAGCAGCAUCUCAAGAAAUAGCCAAAUCCCCAAUGCAUCCCAAUGCUCAACAAGCCCAAAUCAACCAAAACUUUAGCCCGAUAUCCAACCCCUCACCAGCUGCCUCUGCAGUGCAUUCCCCAAGUUGUAGCUCCUCUCCUUCCCCUUUGAUGGGCGUCACAGAGGUACAUGCGAACCCCUCAGGUCAUGGUCCGUCACAUCAUCCGUCGUCAAACCCCCGUAGCAGCCAUGGUCAAGGUAGAUUACUGCAGACCAUGCCACAAUUAAGUCCCACACCCAACUCAAAUAGCAGCAUCAGUAGUGGUGGUAGCGGUGGCAGUCAUAAAGCUCACAGCAUGUGUGCGGGUGGAGGGAGCAGUGUGCCUUCAACAGGCCGAAACAAAUUGGGUUUAGGGACAGGAGUUGGAUCGCGAGACGACGGCUCUUCUAUUUAUUCAUCCUCUCCGCUAGACAAAAUGCAGGAUGCUGCCCUGAAUAGUCUUAAUGCCUUGAGCUCACAAGUUGCCAAUUUACCAAACACAGUGCAGCACAUGCUCCUCACCGAUUCAGUGCUUUCACAGAAGAAGGGGAAGGAUGUGGGCCAGAUGCAACAGGCAACACAUGGUGUGUCCCCGUCACAACCAAGAAGUCGAAAUGCAAGUGCAGCCUCAAGCACUAGCACAGUUAAAGACGGAAGUGCUCCAGGGAUUGGUGAUGGUGCCAGUUUAGAUGCUGGUGCCGAUGAAGACUCCUCACGAAUGUUAGUUGGAGGCUCGUCGUUGACCAAGGUGGACCGGGAGGAGCAGUUUUCUGAAGGGGAACAUGGGAGGGUGAGGCAGAUGAGUGGUGCAAGCAGUGCAUCUGAACCAACUGGGUAUCCCCCUGCCUCUCACAGUGAAACACGGACUGGGCCAACAUCCGCUGGUAAAACCAUCGCCCCCCAUUCACCGUCAAAAGAACUAAAUGUUUCCGAAACAAAAGCAAGUGAGGCACGCGCAUCCCUUUCAUCAUCAUCCCCAGCUUUUGGAUGUCAGUCAUUGGAGACUGGCACAAUUUUACAUUCAAAACCUCCAGUUUCCUCCUCCCCAUCAGCCACCUCUGCCACUGUUCCUCCUCUGCAGCCAAAUUGUAUCUCAGAGCCUGGUCUGACAUACGGUGGCCAUAGGAAAACAACGGAAAUAAAAAGUGAGGUCGUCAAAAAUGAAAGUGAAGGCCCCCUCGACAAAACGGAGAAAGGCCGUCUUCAAAUGCAGCGAGGUGGAGAAGUCAAUUCCAAAAAUUGCCAGGAUAAAGAAAACAGGUUGCAUACUGCGUCCAGAUUACACAGCAAUGAGAGAGGAGAAAAACACACGUCUGAGGAGCUCCAGAGUGCUAGUGGUGUUGGUGUGAUUGUUUCAGCUCGGUCUGAGGGAAGUCAAAAUGAAAAAAGCAAGCAUCCCCAAGGCAACUGCAUAGAAGAAAAACACUCUUUCUUGAGAGAGUCGAGCAGCCAUAAUGGAGAGGAAGGUGUAGAUCUGAGUUUAUAUUCCUCCCAUCACCAAAAAUCUAAUUUUGGACAGCCUCAAAAUCCUCCCCAGUCCGGGCCGCAUAAAUACGGCUAUCCAGAAUCAACAUAUGGCUCAAAUUUGACAAUGAAAAGCAGAGCGAGGGCUGGCCCGGUGGGUGUCAUGGAAUCAAAUUCCAGAUACUUAGGGUAUCAACAAUCCCAAGCUGGUUAUGGCCAUGUGCAUCCAAAAGAUGCUAGUUCUGCGACAGAGACUUUGGUAAAGAGAGGGCAAGGCACAGGAGCUAAAGGUCAGGAAGAUAAUUUGCAGCAAUUUCCAAGCCUUUUGCAAGAGGUUCUUCAAGGUUACAAUUUAGAUAGACGGUAUGGUAGACCGGAGCAGGCCUUUCCGUCCCAUCAGCAAGUUCAACAACAGUUUCAAACUAGACACCCGUAUGGCAUAACUGAGGCUUUGGCUCAUUCUGGACAGAUGGGUAGCACUUUAAAGCAUCCACAGACAAACCAGAGGCACGAAAGCGAGCCUAGUUUUACCACAGAUACUCAGUCCUCAGUGAGGUCUGAUGUGCCUAUUACUAAGAUAAUGCAAAAUGCUGACAAAAAUGACAUGGGCGUGUCCUAUUUGACACAGGCUACAGAGUCUCAGCAACCCCCAACAAAGCAUAUAAACUUAGCUGACUACUCUCUCCCACAGAGAAAAGCCUCAUCAAAUGUGUGCACUCCACCCUCUGCUGUGCAGGAACUCCUUUUGCAAGAGCCAGAGCCGCUAACCGGCAUCAUGGGUCAAACUGAGUCUCAAAAAUUAUCAGGCUCGAUAUUAGCCCCAUCAGAGCGUCGCUCUGUCAUCUGUGAUGUGUCACCAAACCGACGGGGCACUCCGGAAAGGGAAAGUGACAGAGAGAGGGAGCGGGAGAAAAGUGAAGCCUCUGUAAUUCAACAGCCAUUUUCCUCUCCAGCAGCUGCGAGUGAUAUGAGUAAAAAGGAUAUUAGAGAGAAACAAGUGGUGAAAAUUGAAAUGGCAUCAAAAAAGGCUGCCUUGGACCCUGCAAAUUUAACGCUUGCUCAUCGUGGUGGUGGUUGCGCUGAUGCUGAGAUGGAGUAUCAUUCCAAGUCUGGUCAUUCAUCUGUUGUGAUGAAUGCUGACCCCUACAGGCGAGGUAAUAUGGAUAUUCCACCCUUACCUUCUCAUCCUUUGAGCGCUAACCCUUUAUCUUCACCUUCAAGGCAUCAGUCUUACCUUCAUGGUGUGGAUUUAUCAACUGGCAGUGGCAGCAGCUUUCCUGCUUAUCGAUUUGGAGAUACACGAGAAGCCAAUAUGAUACCACGCAGUAACCCCCAUUUUCCCUCCCACCAUCCCUACCACAAUUUAUCCCCCCAAGCGCAGUCCACAAAUAAGCUUCAGAUGUAUGCUCACCCUCGUGGCGCCCCUCAUCACCCCCAUGACAUGAAUGAUUGGGUAAAAGCAAUGAACAGGCCAUCAAAGGAGAUGAUGCUGCUUCCUGGUUCUUCUCCAGGAAGACAUAAGGUCAGCCAAACAGAACCGAGGCAGAGGAUGGUCUCACAAACCGACAUGCCCGCUGAGCUACACGCAACCAAAACUUCGCUCCAUCAUCAGGGCGCUUUCUUUGAUUUAAAAAUGUGGGAGUCAACACACUCUCACGGAAGAGACGGUUCUAGAAUGAUGGAGGGAGAUUCCUUUUACAGAACACAAGCGCCUCCUCCUCCUCUUCCCCCUCCCUCUGCUCCUGUGGCUUCACACGUUCCCAUUCCACCACAAAUGAGUCAUGGCCUAAAUGUUGCUGAACCGCAAGUCCCCAGAGUAGCCGCAGAGGACGCCAAACAUCCCUGCCCACCUCCCCCGCCCAUAUCCGCAAAGCCUUCUGCCAACAUUAACUCCACGCAGCCACAGGUGUCGCGUCAGACUAAAGCCAGCGGUUCUGGAGACACAAAUCCGCUAAUGUUGAGAAGGAGAGUUCGUUCUUUCAUCUCUCCCAUUCCUGCCAAAAGGCAACUCCAGGAUGCGUCUCAGCACAGAGCUGCAACAAAUUCACACCAUUCGCCUGGGGCUCAGUCUGAGUCAAGCUAUCACAAUGAAGAUGACUCUAGUUCAGAUAUCCCAUGUCCCAGGCUUUCUUCGCCUCUGCCCGGAGAGAAUACCUACUCGCAACCUCUAUCUCCAUCAAGUGGUAUUACCAGGGCUAUGCCUCCCAAAAAAGGCAGAGGUUUGAAACUAGAGGCAAUUGUGCAGAAAAUCACACCAAAUAUUAAAAAACCAGCAGUACAUGUCGAUGAUGACUCAAAUCAUUAUCCAGGCUUCUCUCACUCUGAAAUGCUGCCGUUUAAUGAUUCACAGGACCAAGACUUGGCACAUUUCCCACGGGGUGUAGGAGGGGAAGAUAGCUACAUGGACGAAAGUCAUUCAUUAAACGAUAUUAUUUCCUUCAGAGGAGUUGAUGAGACUGGGCCUUUGCCUCCAUCUGCCUACCCCUGUGAGCCUCAUCAGGCGUCUCGAGCCCUAAAACAAGACUUUGACUUUGGAUUAGGAUCCACUGUUUCGUCGGCAUCAGGUGACAAGGAGGAUUUUGCUUUGCUUGGACCGUUACCCCCUCCUCCACCUCUCCCUCGCCCGGUCCAGGGUUCCCCGCCUCCAUCUUCGUCUGCCCUGUCGGACAUUCAGCAUUUCACCAACACUUACCAGCAGCUCGAGACAAGAAGAGGGGAGCAGUCUGCAGCUAACCUCCUUCGACAGAAACUUCAAGAAUCUGGCAUGGGAUUUGAUGAUUAUCCUACCAGUGACUACUAUGGAGGCACCCCGCCCCACCAUAAUCAGGCACAGGGGCACAUGCUGAACAGGCAACAUCAGAUGUCCUCUGGCAGGUCCAGCCUGUCGCCACAAGAUCCCAAGCUGCACGACAGUUCUGUGCCUAAAGGCUAUUUCCCAUCUGGCAAGAAGAAGGGGAGACCUGUAGGGAGUGUGAAUAAACAAAAAAGGGCCCAGAAUCAAGCCCAAUCGCCGGGGCAGGGUCAGCCCCAAGCCCAGGCUCAGAGCACAACUCCAAGUGCUCCCUCAGUUCCAACCGAGCCAACCACGGUGGAUGCAACAACCCCACCGUUGGUGCCGACUACAAGCAGCACACCGCCUCCCACAGCCCCUCCCCUGUGUGACAGUAACAACUCGCCCCCACUGACGCCGCCCAUUUUAACUCAGAUCGUGAAAGUGGAUGUUGAGAGUGAGGACACGCAGCCAGUGAUCGAGGUCAAGCCUGUGCGGAGGAGACGUAGAGGUGGGAAAGAUGACAACGAGACACUAGAGGCCAGAGGGCGACAGAGGAGGAGAAGGAGAGCAGCCGGGCCGACCGCACCAUCAGUGGCCAAAGUCGACCCCGAUACCCCUUUAAGGGGAGGAGGGAGCCCUGGUCCUAAUAGAGUAUUUGUGGACUCAAAUAGAAAGGGUCUGUUUGUUCCGCACAUACACGUGGAGAACAAAAUACCAGAGAUUGGGGCGGUGUGCAUCAUCGUAAAUGCUGAGGAAGAGAAGCUGAAAGGGGAGCGUAGUGCAGUUGGAGGGAAAGUGGGGGGGGAUGGGAUUGAUUCUCCCCCAGCUCCUUCCUCCCAGUUAUGUAGGAGAGACAGAGAGUCGGAGAAAAGGGACACGGACGAAGCGGAGACGAUACUUCCUUCGGGAAAAUCGCUUCCCUCCACUGGCUAUAUUGUUACAGGCCCGGUGAUCACAGAGACCCAUCACACUGGCCGCCUGCUCUGCUGCCUGUGUCAGAAAUGGGCAAAUUACAAACACCUUGGCGAUCUCUACGGCCCUUUCUAUCCGGCCGAAUAUGCAGCAAAGCUCCCCAAGAACCCACCCCAGGUCCGACAAUGUCAAGCGUCCACGGGCACAAGCAAAACGGGACAGAACUCGGACAUGAGCUCAAACGCUGUGAGGGCCAACCCGGACACGCAAACGCAAGAUGCUCAGUUUACCCACCCCCCCACUGUCAGCGACUACGCCAUGAGCCAAGCGACAAACCCUGUGCUUCUCCCCGCCAAAGUCAGAACGGCCCCGACAGCUGCCGGAGAGGAAAUGAUGAUGCACAUGACUGGCAAGUUCAGUAAUGCCUCCUCGUCGUCCUCCUCGUCCUUCUUCUCCUACAUCAGUAAAACAACGCCGUCCCUCACCUGGGACAUGAAUCUCGACAUUCGGCCUAUCCCGAAGCUGAAGAGAGAGCCAGACCUUGAUACCGACAAGCAACAGCCACAAAUCCAGCAGCAGCAGCUGCCAACAGACGAAGCUCAGCAACGACCGCAACACAGAAAGCUGACCUCACACCCCCGCUUUAAAAGGAGGCACAAAUCCAGUGAGGAUUCCCCCAGAAUGGUGCCUUCCAACAGUAAGGCGUCUCUGCCCUUCCAGCCCCCUCCCCCUGCCUUGGACUCCCUGGGACCUUUGGCACAACUCGCCCAGCUGCCUCAGAUGCCGAUGGACCCAGAGGAGCUGUGGGUCCACGAGGGAUGCAUGGUGUGGACCAGUGGGGUGUAUCUGGUCAAUGGGAGACUGUACGGUCUGCAAGAGGCAUUAGAUGGCGCCAGAGAAACAUGCUGCUCCUACUGUGAAAUGGUUGGCUCGACCCUGGGCUGCUACAGCAAAGGCUGUACGCUGCGCUACCACUACCUGUGCGCCAUUGAAGCAGAUUGCUCUCUGAACAAAGACAACUUCUCCCUGCGUUGUCCAAAGCACAAGGUAAAGAAGGAGAGUUUUCCUUCCAUGUUACUCCCGCUUUCUCCCCCCUCCUCCUCCCUCCUUCGUUCAGUUUACCCAGAGCAUCCGGCCAGCCAAGCCAGUGUACCUGGAGCAGUCAGAGAGAGGCUGAGAGAAGCGCAGAAGAAGAAGAGACACCAGAGUCUUGGAGCUGUUAGUUUGGUCAAUAGAAGACUGAGGAGUGGGACUUGUUUGCGAAGCAGCCCGAAAUGGGACAGGACUGGCAUCUAUGACGGAGACCAACAUAAGGGAAUGUACACUUUCUCAACGGGAAUCAGCAUUAUUUACAUUUAAAACAACGGAGAAAACAAGCUUUUUUUUCCUUCUUUUUUUCUGAGAGAAUUGUUGCUCUUGACUUAAAAGCAGAAAAAGAAAAAAACAUGAACAUGUAACAGAGCGGAAUGGAGCUACAAGUAAAAGAGGAAAAAUGUGACCACAAGACUAGUUGGAACUAAAGGAACAUUUUUCUAGAGAACAAAAGAAACAAACCUCCUCUCUGGGCUUACUUUUAUUUUCCUCGGACACCCUCAAAGUUUAACACUCUUGUUUAUCAUCUGUUUUGUCAUUAUUGUUUUGUUUUUUCUUUAGGUGUUUGUUUUUUAAGCAAGUUAUCCCAUAAAAGAUAUCGAGAGAAUUUGACAUCUUCUCACGAGUAGUAAUUCUUACUUAUAUUAGAAUUACCAUCAUAAUUAUUUUAGUCCUCAUUAUUAUUUUCUAUCCUCGUCAGUAUUUACUCAUGAAUAUAAAAAUGGAUGUAUCUCACUUUAUGUUCUGACAACACAUGAUUUGGAUUUAUUUUUUCAUCCCUGGAGAGGGAGGAGCCAGAGUCAUGUCUGGAAUGUCAGGGUGGAGUUUGCCACAAAGACAUUAUUGCCUUGGAGAACGGACAUCUGUUGCCUUUCAAAAGUCAUGUGUGUGUGUGUGUGUGCGUGUGCGUGUGCGUGUGUGUGUGCGUGUGUGUGAGGGAGCGAGAGAGAAACUGAAAAAAAAUGCCGAUAUCUGGGUCUUUGAUUCCAUUUUUGGUCCUUUUAAAAAGUGUUCUUAUUUUUCAUCCCUGGGGUUUUUACGGUACAGAAAAAAAAAAUCCGAUGGACACAAUCUUAUUUUUCAAGUACAAAUGUUCAUUAAAUGUGCAAAGCAAAGGGGGGGGGGUUGUAACCCUAUGGACUAAUGCGUGUCGGCCAUCUUUGACUGCUGACAGGAGGAAGAUGAACAGGAGGACGCUAAAGGGUUUUCAUUCUUGUGGAUCUGUGUGGAUCGGUGCACAAGUGCGCACGUUCCACGUGGGAAGUGACGUAUGACGGACACGUCGCACAGCGAUGGAAAAGCAUUUUUUGGGAACUGGAACCUUCGGAGAGGGUGUCGUAUGAACGGCUGUGAUUGGCCUCACCGAGUAGUUGUGAGCGGUUUCGCUGUGGAGCGCCGCAGCAGGAAUUCGAUUGGGAGAUGCAAAAUUCAUUCAGAAAAACAUUGCCAUACAAUUUCAAAGUGAGUCGUACAUGGUGUUGUCUUUAUCAUUUUCUAUUGUUAUUCUUGUAAAAAAAAAAAGGAGAAAAAAAAAGGAAAAAACGUCAACCUGAGAAGACGGUUACACUAUCAAAACCAUGCUGUAUUAGAAAUCUGUCAAUAUGUAUAUGAAUUAUGAAUACACUUUAAAAAAUACUUCAA